CAGCGAUUCCUCCAAUAUUGGCCAACCAUCAUUCAUCAGGAUUCACUCGCUCCUCCCUUCCUCUGCCGUUUUAUCUCUUCAUUCCAUUUUCUUGGGCAUAACUUACUCAACUAAAAAAUGCCUCUCUUGCCCUCUAUUUUUUAAACACUCAGGCCUUUAUCUUAUAAAAGUGGAUUAGACAUCUAAAAAUUUCAAGAAGAGCAUAUACGCAGUAUUUUCAGUUAAGAAAUGGACAGAAGAGCGUUUGAUGAUAGAAGAAGAAUCGGGACGGUGAAGGCAGCCAUUAAUCUGUACGGAGAAAGAAUUCUUGAGGGUAGUGCUUCACUGAAAAAACCCCAGAUGGAUUUAACUGAGAAGUCUUCUUCAACAGCCAGAGAGCUGCACAUGGCAAAGAGAGACGUGGUUAGAUAUAAAGAGAAUAGAAUGGCUGCACAGUCAGUGAAAGUCCAAGCAGAAUCUGAGCUCUCAAAUGCUAAAAAGACGGUGAAAGAUCUUGCUUUCCAAAUUGAGGAAUCAACCUCCAAGGCAAAAGCAAGGAUGAGAGAUAUGGAAACUUUGAAGAAGUCAGGUAAGCGCGAAGAUAAGGCCUUGAGGGAUAGGAGUUUCGAGAGUCAUCGAUAUGCAGAAAUGAUGAGAGAAUUGGAACAUGUGAAGCAAGAAUUGAGUAAACUUAAGCUUGAUAUGGCUUCUGUUUUGGAAGAGAAGAAGCGAGCUGAGAAGGAAAUUGAAGGCUCAAGUUCUAAAUUAACGUCUGAUCUGAGCUCUGCAGAAGCACUCAGGAAGGAGAUUGAGGAGGUAAAUGAUGAGCAAGUGCUAGUUGAGUUGGCCGGAAUUGAGGCAUUGAAAGAGUUUGGAGAAAUUGAAGCUCAAAGACAGAAGGAAGCCAAUGAAUUCUCAUUUGAAAUGGAGAAAACUAGACAUAGAAUGAAGGAUGUUAUCGAAGAGAUUGAUCACUCCAAAGAGCUUGAAUCUAAAUUGGCUGUUACAUUAUCGGAUGUGAACGUGCUACAGAAUGAACUAAAGCUUGUUAAAGAAAUAGAAAAAAAGGUACUGAAAAAUGACAGUUUGAAGCAUUCGGGAGGUAGUUUUCGAGAAACUGAAAAAUUGGGGGAUUCAACUUCGCUGAGGUCAGUAACAGAAGAGUUGGGGGCGGCAAAGAAAGAAUUGGCUUCAAUUAGAGAAGAGGGUUUUCAGUUCAUGUCCUCAAUGGAUAUCAUAAGGAAUGAGCUCAAGCAUGUCAGGGAAGAAACAUCCAUGUUGAAGAAAACAGAAGAAAAGGCAGAUUUAACUGUUCAAAAUCUAAAUUCAAAGCUUCUCAGAGCUAAAUCUAAACUGGAAGUUGUGUCUGCAGCUGAGGAAAAGGCUAAAUCAAUUGUCUCCAAUCUGUCUCUGACUCUUGAACAGUUAAAGACAGAAGCAGAUGUGGCAAAGAAAGAAAAGGAGCUUAUAAGCACAGAAACUGCUAACAUCAAGGCGGAAAUUCAGAAAACUGAGUCUGAGAUAGACAAAACUAAAGAAAGAUUGCAGACUACAAUGCAAGAACUUAAGGCAGCAAAAUUAUCAGAAGCUUUAGCUCUUGAGAAUCUCCAAAAUCUUAUUGAGAAUACCAUGAGAGCCAGAGCUUCUGCUUGUCAACAAAGUUCCUCAAUUACCAUCUCAAAGUUUGAGUACGAGUACUUAACUGGACGAGCAGUCAGAGCUGAAGAAAUUGCAGAUAAAAAGGUAGCAGCAGCUCAAGCAUGGGUAGAAGCAUUGAAAGCCAAUGAGAAGGAGAUAUUGAUGAAAAUUGAAAUAGCUCGUAGAGAAAUCCGAGAGACUAGGGUGGAAGAAGAGCAGCAGGUAUAUAGAACUGAGAGAUCACUUUCUGCAAAGAGAGCAGUAGAAGGGGAAAUCAGAAACUGGAGACACAAGCGUGAGAAAAACACGCAAGCUGAGAACUUGGAACGACCAUUGCAGAGAAAAUCAAUGAAAAGUAAUAACAAUUCGACUCCAAGAAAGUCCAUGAAAGGUAAUGAUAAUUGGACUCCAUCCAAACGUGGCAAGGUUCGCAAUUCUGCUUCUCCAGCAGUUAGAACGACUCCUGGAUCAACUUCUUUCAUUAUCAGGAAGAAGAAAAAGGUGAUGCCAAAUUUAGCCAAGUUUUUUAGCGGCAAGAAAAUUGGCAAGCAUCCAUGAGAGCUUAUACACGUGUAAUGUUUAAGCUUCUAGCAUUGUGAAACAGUUCAAAAAAAUUGCUGCAUUCAAUAUGCGUUGCAAGCUAACAGUUCACUUUAGUAUGUUUUUGUAAUUGGCGUUUGUCUUCCAAGUUUCAUCAGUUUCACUUUUA